AUGUUGUUUGAUCGACAAGUGGAAUUCAAGAAGCUCACUAUUUGCCUUGAUGGAUCUAAAGAUCAAAACUUGUUAUGGAAUCAGAUAUCCAGUAAUUUUGGACUGGUCGAGUAUCUUACAAUCGUAUCGCUUUCUAAUCCUGGUUUCAACCCAGUUUUCACUUCAUGGCCAAGGAACAUUAGUAUCAUUAGUUCCGAAUGGGUUACUCUGGAAUCUCUUUUGACGUGCACGUGCACUACAAUUAAACUCGAUUGGUCAGAUUUCGGAAACAAAGAUUUGGAUGAGAUUCUUAAGAAGUGGAAGACUGGAGGAUUUUCGAAUCUAAAGCGUCUGGUAAUUAGCAGUCAAAAUAUUAAAAAUAAUGGAGAACUUAUUUUGGGAAUGAAUCUAAUGGAAUUAAACGGAAAGGUUAUUCAAUCUGAUGAUGUAUUAAAAAAGUCUACUAUUGGAAUAGACUCCCAUAUACAGACUACUUUGUAUAUGCAUAUAAAAUAA